UGUGUGUGUGUGUGUGUGGUGUCAACAAGUGUGUGUGGUUAUGGUGUGUCGCAGACAGCAACAGCAGCAGCAGCAGCAGCAGCAGCAGCUAGGCAGCAGCAGCUGCUCACUGACAUGGUUCCUGGUGGUUCUGGUCUCCCUGGUCCUUGUGGUCCAGGUCCAGACGUACCCUGGGUACGGAGACCGGCUGAGAAAUGGCCGCCGCUACCAGGGCCAGCAACUACCCCUCUCAGGUACCACCCCAGCAGACGACUACCUUGAUGACGACCUCGACUACUCUAGCCUCUACGACCACGACCCCUUCAGUCCUAAGAGAGAGCCGGAGCUCUAUACUUUUGACCAGACAGAAGACAGCAACAAGAACUUGCAGCAGAUCUUGCGAUCGUUCCGUCCUGUCGUUGGAGGAACGGCACCUUCAGAUCGUGUAAUUCCAUGGAGGAAAAUGGAGGAGGCGGCUCUGGAGGAACUGACGGAAGGCAUGGAGGCUACUGACAGAUAUCCUGCCGCUACAGGAGCCCAUCUUACACAGCUCUCCUUCAGCGAACCCAAGCAGAAGAGAGAAGCUUCGUGGCCGUGCAUCCUGUGGGUGAAGUUCUGUCCCCUGGGAUAAGCAAGUCUCCCCUGGGGAGGUUAAUGGUGUCCCUUUCUGCUUUAAAAAAUAAAUUUUCCCUUCAUCUUAUCCUCAUGAGAUAAAAUUUAUUACACUCUCUUCAACUGAGAUAGAAUAAAAUCCUCAUUUUC